GUGCUCCAGCACCGCCUCUCCCAGGCCCAAGCACCGGGAACAGUACCGGCAGCUUUGAGAGACGCCGUCGCCGAAGCGCACCAUUGGGCGCGCUUUCGCCGGCUGGCGCUCAGGGGCCCGGGAGCUGCUUCGCCUCGCGCUUUCCGUCUGCAGGGCCCUGCUGGGAUCUUAUCGGCUUAGGGGUCUCUGCGAGAAACGACUCUACUCACCGCCCGUCAUGGACGGGGACAGGAUGGAGAUAGACGGCGGGAUCAUGGAGGGGGGCGGGCAAAUCUUGCGAGUGUCCACGGCCCUGAGCUGCCUGCUGGGCCUGCCGGUACGGGUGCAGCGGAUCCGCGCCGGGAGGAGCCAGCCCGGCCUCAGGCCUCAGCAUCUAUCUGGAUUGGAGAUGAUUCGAGAUCUAUGUGAGGGGAAGCUGGAAGGUGGAGAAAUUGGCUCAACAGAAAUAACCUUCACCCCUGGGAAGAUCAAAGGUGGAACCCACAUAGCAGAUACAAAAACAGCAGGGAGUGUGUGUCUACUGAUGCAGGUAGCAAUGCCCUGUGUGCUGUUUGCUGCUACUCCAUCAGAACUUCAUUUAAAAGGUGGGACUAAUGCUGAGAUGGCUCCUCAGAUAGACUACACAGUCAUGGUUUUCAAGCCAAUAGUUGAAAAAUUCAAUAUUACCUUUAAUUGUGACAUAAAAAAGAGGGGCUACUACCCUCAGGGAGGUGGUGAAGUUGUAGUCCAGUUGUCCCCAGUCAAAGAGUUGAGCCCAAUAAACUUAACAGAUCGUGGCACAGUGACAAAGAUAUAUGGAAGAGCAUUUGUUGCUGGAGCACUGCCUAUAAAACUGGCAAAAGACAUGUCAGCAGCAGCAGUGAGAUGCAUCAGAAAAGAAAUCAGAGAUCUUUACGUUAAUAUUCAACCUGUUCGAGAACCUGAUGAUCGAGCCUGUGGGACAGGAAGUGGAAUCAUUGUUGUUGCAGAGACUUCAACAGGUUGUUUGUUAGCUGGGUCAUCACUUGGCAAGAGAGGAAAGAAUUCUGACAAGGUUGGCAUUGAAGCAGCUGAAAUUCUGCUUAAAAAUCUUAAACAUGGUGGAACUGUGGAUGAUUCUCUGCAAGACCAACUUAUCAUUUUUAUGGCGCUGGCAAAGGGAGUGUCUAGAGUGAAAACUGGACCAAUUACACUUCAUACUCAAACAGCUAUACACUUUGCAGAAAAGCUAACAAAGGCCAAAUUUACUGUAACAAAAUCAGAAGAGGAAGAUCCCAGCAAAGAUACCUACAUUAUUGAGUGCCAAGGAAUGGGUAUGAUAAACCCAAACUUAUAGAGUUAAAAAAAAAAGGCAGCAAGAUGAAAAGGGCAAAACUCAAUAUACCUCAGUGAUGUAUCACACUACAUUUCAACAGAUGUGUAAUAUGCAUGUGAACAGAAGGAGCCUUCUCUCACACCUAAGUGAUUUAACUUCAAGGAUGAUGACUUGAUCUUGGAGUGCUGAGAAUCAGCUAUGUGAAAAAUGGAAAUUUUUUUUCUUUUUAUUAUUAGCAACAAAAUGAGUACAGAAAGGCCAGCAAAUUGUAUACAUUGGAUGUAUUUGAGAGCUUCUAUUAGAAGCUUUGACAACUCAGAUUCACAGAAGUAGAAGAUAACCACUUCCGUUUUGAAAAAAGUGAUAAAUUGUUUCAAAAAUGUUUUAUUCUUUGGGGACCUUUAUGUUAUUAGGUAUACAGAAUGAAGUGCACCAUCAAAUCUGUAUCACUUUUCUUCCUUAACUAUUUUGCUUAAAUUGUGCUUUAGGAAAUAAAGCAGUAUCACCAUA